CAGAGAAGACUUCCUCAUCUAUGCACUUUUAGACUCUCAUCCAUUUCUCUUUACCUCCCACCUCAAUUCCUUCCUCAAAUUCAUCAAGCAUAGACAUGUGGGAGAGAACAAAACACACCACCAACCUAAUCUCAAUAUGUGUUUUCCUGUGUUUCUUGUUAGGAAAUCCAUGUUUGUGCAUUGGAGGAGACACACUCUCAAGAGGUCAAUCCCUGUCAGGAACCCAAACCUUAAUCUCCAAAGAUGGAAUCUUUGAGCUGGGAUUCUUCACACCAGGUUCAAGUUCUUCCCAGAACACCUACCUAGGAAUUUGGUACAAAGACUUCCCUGAAAGAACUACAGUUUGGGUUGCAAACAGGGAGACACCAUUGAGACAAGAUUCUACAUUAGAAAUUGCUCAAAAUGGCAACCUAGUAUUGAUGUCUCAUGAUUCUGAUGCUGUCUGGUCAACAAAUUUGAUAUCAACUUUACCAGAUACUGUUGAAGCAGUGCUUCUUGAUAGUGGGAAUCUCAUCUUGAGAGAUGGGCCGAGUCCAAGUACUGUGUUUUGGCAGAGUUUUGAUCAUCCUACUGAUACAUGGCUGCCUGGAGCGUCUCUUGGUUUUGACAAGAUCACCGGCAGAGCUCAACGUCUUGUUUCGUGGAAAAACGCAGACGAUCCUUCCCCCGGGAUGUUUUCUGUGGAGAUGUCUCAAGAUCAAGUGUUUCAAUUCUUCUUACGGUGGAAUAUGUCGACGACGUAUUGGAGAAGUGGAGCUUGGAAUGGGAUUGUGUUUGGAUCAGUUCCUGAAAUAAGUUACCUCACAAGUUUCAGCUUUGUUUCGUCUGAACGUUCGACUUACUACAAUUAUACUGUCCUGAACAGGGCAGUGCUGUCCAUGUUUGUGAUCAAUGCAUUAGGUGAGUUUGAGCAGCGCACGUCUCUACGCAGCCACCAUUCGUGGAGUCCUACGUAUGUUCUGCCUAAGAAUCAGAGCGAUAUCUUCGCCUUUUGUGGGGCGUUUGGGGUCUUUGCUGGGAGCACUUCAAAUCCCUGCACGUGUUUACACGGAUUCACCCAAACAAGGCCUAAUGAUUGGUCCGCUGGGUGUUCCAGGACGACCCUUGUGCAGUGUGGCAACAGUAAUUCAACUCAGGGCGAGAAGUAUGGAUUCAUGGAAGUUCCUGACACUACGUUGCCAGCGAAUCCGACAGCUCAUCCUGCACGAAAUUCUAGAGGUUGUGAGUUGGCAUGCCGACAGAGUUGCUCAUGCACAGCCUAUGCAUUUAAUGGUAGUGGAUGUUCUGUUUGGGAAGGGGAUUUGUUUGAUACACGGAAUGUCUCAAGCAAUCAGGACAAUAAACAACGUCUGUACAUCAAACUUGCGAAUUCUGACCUUCCGGUCGAUAAAGGGAAAUGGAAGAAGAUGUUGGUGGUGAUUGUUGCGGUUCUCGUUUCGUCGUUUGUAAUCGUUUCUGGAGGCUUUCUGGGCUGCUUCUACACAAGGAGAACAAAACAGAAAGAAGUGAAAAAGGAGUCAGGGGAGGAUCUUUUGUCGUUUGAUUUUAACAGUAGUGUUCAGCCAAACGACAAUGGAACUGUUUUGAGGCAUAGAAAUCACGCGGAUUUUGAUCUGCCAAUGUUUAGUUAUGCAAGUGUUUGUGCAGCAACAGACAACUUUUCACCUGAGAACAAGCUUGGAGAGGGAGGAUUUGGACCAGUUUACAAGGGAAAACUACUAAACGGACAAGAAAUAGCCCUGAAGAGGUUGUCCAAGAAAUCAGGACAAGGUGUCGAAGAAUUCAGAAACGAAAUCCUGCUAAUAGCAAAACUGCAGCACCGGAACCUUGUACGUCUACUAGGUUGCUGCAUCGACCCGGACGAGAGCAUACUGAUCUACGAGUACAUGCCCAACAAGAGUCUCGAUUUCUUCCUCUUUGGUUCAGACAAGGAAGUGAUUCUAGAUUGGACAACACGGGCUCGUAUCGUUGAAGGGAUCGCCCAAGGGCUGCUCUAUCUCCACGAAUACUCAAGAGUGCGCAUUAUCCAUAGGGACUUGAAGGCGAGCAACAUUCUCCUAGACGAGGAAAUGAACCCCAAGAUAUCAGACUUUGGGUUGGCGCGUAUUUUUGGAGGCAAUGAUUCGCGGACUUACACAAAGCGAAUCGUCGGGACGUUUGGCUAUAUGGCUCCUGAGUACGCGUUGCAAGGGCUGUUCUCGAUACAGUCCGAUGUUUUCAGCUUCGGAGUUUUAGUUCUUGAGAUUGUUAGUGGCAAGAGGAACACUGGUUUUUAUCUCACGGACACCCUCAAUCUUCUUGGACAUGCAUGGGAGCUGUGGGUUUCGGGCAGAGGAGCGGAGCUGGUGGAUCCAGCGGUGGGCUGUUCUCCAGCUUCUGCGGCGCUGAGGUACAUCAACGUCGGACUUCUGUGCGUGCAAGAAAACCCCAACGACCGACCAAACAUGUCUAGUGUCAUUUCCAUGCUUAGCAGUGAGCUAAGUACACCUCUUCCUGCACCAAAACAGCCUGCAUUCUCUACCACGACAGCCGUCAGCUCAGCUUCAGUAGUAAACAUUAGUGCUGGCAAGUACUCUGUCAAUGGCUUAACUGUCUCUGCCCUUCAGCCCAGAUGAUGAUGCCUCUGAACCCUGACCUCCUCAUUACGUUGUUUCUGAUCAAUCUUGAGGGAGAAAUUACACGUUUAGUCUCAUGGGAUAAAGGUUCCACACUUUAGUAUCAAAAUGAUGUUACAUUCAGUCCUAACCCUUACGAAAUUUUCAAAAUAAUUUUCGAAUUGGAAAAACUCGAUACAUUUAUACCCAUAAAACAAAGGGUUAAAAGCGUUUAACCCUCUAUGCUAUAUAUGCGACUAAAAGUAUAAUUUAAUUUGCAUGAUUUUGUACAUAUACAUAUAAUAAUAUUCUUUAGAGUGGUGGUGGUGGAUUUUUUGGUGUUGAAUUUGAAUAUUGAUGAGGUGAAAAAAUGUGCCAACUUAAUUUUUCCCCUCUUGAUCAUUGUACGGAGAACAAGUAAUUAUUGAAUUAUUCUUUUUAUUAUUAAAAGAGCUAA